AUGACAAUGCGCCUUUCCAAAGCCCUGAUAGACAUGGAGAUGGCAGAUUAUAGUGCCGCUUUAGACCCAGCUUACACUACUCUGGAGUUUGAGAACAUGCAAGUCCUGACCAUAGGCAACGAUACCUCCCCCUCGGAAGCAUCAAACCUCAACGCCUCCAACAGCAUUGGGGCCAGCGUCUUGUGUGCCAUCUGUGGGGACCGUGCAACUGGGAAACACUACGGCGCCUCCAGCUGCGAUGGCUGCAAAGGGUUUUUCAGGCGAAGCGUCAGGAAGAACCACAUGUACUCUUGCAGGUUUAACAGGCAGUGUGUUGUGGACAAGGACAAAAGAAACCAGUGUCGAUAUUGCAGGCUAAAGAAAUGCUUCCGAGCAGGUAUGAAGAAAGAAGCUGUACAGAAUGAACGUGAUCGAAUCAGUACUCGUCGAUCCAGCUAUGAAGACAGCAGCUUGCCUUCCAUUAACGUUUUACUGCAAGCAGAAGUCCUUUCACAGCAGAUGUCGUCACCGAUUUCUAUGAUUAGUGGAGAUAUCAGAGGGAAAAAGAUUGCCAAUAUUGCGGACGUCUGUGAGUCCAUGAAGCAGCAGUUGUUAGUGCUGGUGGAGUGGGCCAAGUACAUCCCAGCCUUCUGCGAGCUUCCGCUGGAUGAUCAG